GUUGAUAAGCUGCUUGUUACUGCCAAGGUCUUUUACCUCUCAACCUAUGGCCGAUCAAGGUGAAAUUCCAGUGAACCCCACAGAACCCACCGCAAUCGACGCCGUCUCCGGCACCGAAUCCGUGACACAGCUUGAUGUCUCCGGAAAGCGCCGCCGUGAAGAUGGGGAGUGCGAAGAGCCAGGUUCGAAACGGAGAGCUAAAGCACAGGAUGUGUUGUUUCGAAUAGUGGUGCCUUCAAGGCAGAUCGGAAAGGUCAUUGGCAAAGAAGGACAUAGAAUCCAGAAGAUUCGAGAGGAAACCAAGGCCACUAUAAAAAUCGCUGAUGCUAUUGCACGACAUGAAGAGCGAGUGAUUAUUAUAAGUUCUAAAGAUAGUGAUAACGUGGUUUCUGAUGCUGAAAAUGCGCUCCAACAAAUAGCCACUUUGAUUCUAAAGGAAGAUGAUAGCAAUGCAGAGGCUUCAAAAGUAACUGCAGGGCAUGUGGCUGCUAACACUAUAAGACUUUUGAUUGCUGGGUCACAAGCGGGUUGUCUAAUUGGGAUGUCUGGUCAAAACAUUGAGAAAUUGAGGAAUUCUUCAGGUGCCACAAUUGUGAUUCUUGCACCAAAUCAAUUACCUUUAUGUGCAUCUGCUCAUGAAUCUGAUCGAGUUGUACAGAUAUCAGGUGAUAUUCCUGCAGUGUUAAAGGCAUUGGUAGAGAUUGGUUAUCAGCUCAGGGAAAACCCACCCCGACAAGUGAUAUCCGUUAGCCCAACAUACAAUUAUGGUGCAGUAAGACCAGCACAACCAUUUGUGGAUCCUACUUCAGCUGAUUAUGUAACAUUCGAGAUGAUGAUUUCGGAAACAUUGGUCGGUGGGUUGAUUGGAAGGUGUGGCACCAACAUAUCGAGGAUCAGAAAUGAAUCUGGAGCAAUGAUUAAGGUAUAUGGUGGAAAAGGUGAACAGAAACACAGGCAUAUUCAAUUUGGUGGUAGUGCUCAACAGGUCCCUAAACCUUUUUCCAUUUUCAUUGCUACCCGAUGUGGGAUUUUGCUAAUGAGUCAUUUUUCCAAUAAAUCUACACUUUGGCGAAUUAGCAAAUCUUCAAAGUUUUGUACUCUUCUGACAAAUUUUGCAACACCAUCAAAUGCGUCAAAUGACGAAGUCAAGCUUGCAUGAUGUUGAUCAAGUUCAAACAGUGGUUGAACUUGAUCAUUGUCACUACUUUCAUUAACAUAUCUGCGGGAUUCUCAAUAGUCUCAAUCUUCCGUAGGCAAUUCUUCCUUCACUAAUGAUUUCCCACACAAAGUGGUAACAGACAUCGAUAUGCUUGGUGCGAACAUGGAAUACUAGAUUCUUUGCUAAAUGAAUAGCACUCUUACUAUCAGAAUAGAUAGUGAUCUUCUGACUAAUCUUUAAUUCUUCUAAUAGUCCUUGUAACCAAAUAGCUUCCUUUACAGUCUCUGUGAUUACUAUAUAUUCUGCCUCUGUGGUAGACAAAGCAACUGUAAACUGUAAAGAAUAUUUCCAACUUACUGGAGCUCUAGCAGGAGUAAAUACAUAUCCAGUAAUUGACCGACUCGUAUCCAGAUCACUAGCAUAAUCAGAUUCAACAUAGCCAACAGUAAAUUGACUAAGAUUAUCAUCUCGCUCAAAAACCAAACCAAUGUUUACAGUACCUAAAAUGUACCUUAAAAUCCAUUUCACAGCUUGCCAAUGUCCUUUAUCAAGAUUAUGCAUAUAUCUGCUCACAAUUCCAACUGUAUGUGAAAUGUCGAGCCUAGUACACACCAUUGCAUACAUCUAGCUACCUACUGCAUUUGAAUAUGGAUUGAGAUAAUGAUGCUCUAAACUUUAUAUGAGAAGCAAGUGGAGUACUUACAGGAUUUGUCUUUUCAGUUAUGGCAAUACGUUGUAAGACCUUCCUUAGAUACUGUUUUUGUAUCAAUCAAGCCUUGCCAUUUCCUCUGCCUCUAAUUAUCUCCAUAUCGAGAAUCUUCUUGGCUUCCCCAAAAUCAUUCAUCUCAAAUUCUUGAUUUAGUUAAGCCUUUAGCUUCUCAAUUUCUUCUACAUUCUUUGAAGUUAUCAACUUAUCAUCAACAUAUAAGAGUAGAUAAAUAAGAGUAUCACCUUGUAGCCUUUGAAAAUACACAUAGUAGUCAAAGUUGCUUCUUGUGUACUUCCAACCCAUCAUAAACAUAUGAAAAUUUGAAGGUGUUGCCAAAUUUGUUAGAAAAAUACAAGACUUUGAAAGUUUGCUGAUUCACUAAGGUGGAGAUUUGUUGGAAGAAUGGCUAAUUAGCAAAAUUCUACAUCGAGUAUGAAUGAAAAUGGAGAAACUUUUAAGACCUAUAUAUAAGGAUCCAAGUCAUGGUUUUAUACAUUUCAAAUAUUGUUUUGUUAGAUUCCUCUUAUAUAAGGUUCUUUCAUUAAGGACCUUUUAGUUGAAAAAGUUUUGUUGUUAUUCCCCUUUGUUUUGGGUAAUUGUUUUUAUGCCUAUAUAAUUUGGGUAUUUGUAAUAUUACCCAAAAGUUAAUAAUAUUGUUUGUAGAUAGUAGAGUUUUCUUUUGCAACGCACGAGGACAUAGGUUACAAUACCGAAUCUCGUUAAUUCUUAGUAUUCUUUAUUUCUGCUUUAGCAGGUGUUAUCAAUGUUUUAAUAAUCAACCCGACAAAGUUACCGGGUCCCUGUUGGACCAGCUAGUCAAAUCAAAUGACAAAACUUUAAAAUUUGGCAAAAACACCCCUGAAAAUAAUGUUAAGCCCCCAUAGGUUUGAAAUUUGGCAAAUAAACCCCAAAUACAAAUUGGUUGGCGACGACGACACCUCAAAUGCAAUCCCAAUCAUCCCUUGAGCCCAUUCCUCAGAAAAUAUACCCAAUUUCUGGUUGAAAUCGAUUCGAUUUUGGCUAGAUCUGACUGACGUUGACGUCGGCAUUCCAGGCCAAAUCUCACAGACUUCGGCGUCGACAACCCUCCCCAUCACCCCGAAAAUACUCCCAUUUUCCUCCCAACCAAAAUCCAUCUCACCCCCUCGUUAGCCUCGCCAAUCGUCAGCAAAAGUUGAUUGUUUCCGCCGCCAGUUUUUUUCGAUUUCCGAUUGAUUCACUCACUAGAAAUCAACUUCAUUGCCACCAUUGCACUCAUUGGCACUUUUUCUUCAAAAGCCUCAACAUCUUAGCCUUCAAUUGUUCGUCGAUCAUCAUUCUAAAUUCUAAGGUUUUUGGUGAAUAGGAAAAAUGUUAACCCGGCUCGGUGAAGCUUUCGGGUCCUGGUUAAACCAAUUAAACUGGCUGGGCCCGGUUGGGUUUUAAAACAGUGGUUGUUAUUAUUAUAUUUCAGUAGCUAGUAUUAGAGUUUAUGUUUGCAUCUUGGUUCAUUGAUGGAAAGCAUUUUUGUUUAGUUGAGUCAUGUCUUCUGCCAAAUUUCUACAUAUCAAAUGUAUUAGUGUCUUCAUAAUUAACAGUUUGAGGUUGCUCUUUUGUUUAAUUAAUUUCUAAUUGUGACAAAAAAGGAUGAGUAAUAAGAUUAAUGGGAUCAAAAACAUUGGUUUGGUUGAAGUUUGCCGAAAUUUUUCUUACUGAUUAACCAAGAAACCAGUGUUACCAAUGGUUAUUUGCUG